AUGUCACCUCAUUGGACCACAAAAUUACCGGGACUGGGCGAUGCAGCACUUUCAAGGCCGGACUCGACCUUAAAAGUGGGAUUUCUCUAUGAUAAUCUACCUUUAGAUCUGUUGGCUCAGGAAAUCGGCACAGAAGCUCUUCUGAUCAGUGAUCAGACCCUUCACAGUGAACCACGUUUUUGGUUCCCAGAUUCUGAGAACGCUGCCACUUGUUGGGCGAGCAUAAGCUCUGCUUAUUCAAAUCUGUUGAACAAUCUCGAUGCAGUUCUUGAUUUUGGAAUCAGAAAAGGAAUUACCGAUUUGAAUUUUAUCCUCGGAGUAUCAAUUGCAAAAGCACAACUUGAGAUUUUAGAGAAACAUGUUCAUGAAAAACAUUUACAACAUAUUCAGCCAACAGUUGAAGCUUUAUGUAAGAAAUGUGAGAAUUUAAUCGACAGAGCAAAAGAUAACAAGGAACCAUUGACGUUAGCACUCGACUCAAAGCUUUGGAAUGUGAGCACUUGUCCUGGAUGUCAGCUUAGUCCUCCUCCAUCUCCAUCUCUACACUUGGCCAAACAAGAUCUUGCACUCAAUCCACAACUCUCUGAUGAGUGCAUCAGUCUUCUCCUCACUCUAUGUCUCUCACCACCCAGAUGUGUCAUUGCUGAAUUGUCAGAUAAUGCCACAAAUUAUCUAAUAACUCAUCAAGUUCUGUACUGGAUCAUAUUCAACCAGAAAUGCACAACUAAACUGGUUAAUUCUACAGUUACUGAGCAGAUCUUGAAACAUAAGUGUAGCAUGACUUUUCAAGAACACCACAACCUGGAAGAAAAAAACUUGCCCCCUGAAUUCAGGGAUUUGUACUUUGAGCAAACCGUUGUCUGUGGUAUUUUGGGAUUCACUGAGUUCAUGGGUGACAAUAUGAAAAUGAUCACUUCUCUUCAACACGUGAAAGGUUGCUUCACCAAAUACACACACAGGGAACGUCCGCACAGGAAAUGUGACCUCCAUUUCAGUGGGGUGGCAACAGGGGUUUUGGCUCUGAUUAUCAAACAUCAGUACGAUUAAUUGUGGAAACAAAACAGAAAUGUUG